AUGUCUUCUUCAGAUCCUUAUGCUUAUUUUCGUUCAUGGAUGGAUAAACCUAGAUACAAUGAAGAGAUGGGCAAACUUACAGAAGAGUUCAAGGAAGGUCUUAGACAAUUCAUGUUAUUCGCGUCAAACCAGAGCAUAACGCGAGAAACAGGUACUAUGUCUUGUCCUUGUCCAAAAUGUCGGAAUUACAAAAAUCUGGAGGUAUCAUUAGUAAAGAAGCAUUUGUUUAGGGAUGGAUUUAUGCCGGGUUAUAAGAUAUGGUUUUCGCAUGGAGAAAGUGAAUCAAUGGUAGAUUAUGGUAGUACUAGUCAACAUUAUAUUCCGGAUAGUGUAGAAGAACCACCGAUAGAAGUAGACGUAGAUGCAGCAAAUAUGUCAUUGUAUGAUGGUUGUAAGAAGGGUCAUUCACCAUUAUCAGCUGCAACUAGGUUGAUGGGCACAAAGACGGAUUGGAAUUUAUCAGAGGGUUGUGUGGAUGCGAUUACUGAUUUUGUGAAAGAAAUUUUGCCAGAGAAUAAUCUUUCACCAGCUUCGUACUAUGAGGUGCACAAACUCGUAGCUGGACUUGGUUUGCCAUAUCAGGACACAAGUGGAAGAGUUCCCAUACCAUAUAAAAGGAUGUGGUAUUUACCGUUGGCAGAGAGGUUGAAAAGAUUGUAUCAGUCAGAGCGUACAGUAGGAGCAAUGAGAUGGCAUGCAGAACAUACAUCAGACGGUGUAAUUGCGCACCCAUCGGAUGCAGAAGCACAGAAACAUUUUCAGUCAGUCUAUCCUGGCUUCGCGUAUGAGCCAAGGAACGUUUAUCUUGGUUUGUCUACAGAUGGUUUUAAUCCUUUUGGGAAACAUGGGAGGCAAUAUUCAUUGUGGCCAGUUAUCGUGACACCUUAUAAUUUGCCGCCAUCUUUGUGUAUGAAACGGGAGUUUCUUUUUCUCACCAUUCUUGAUCCAGGUCCAGAUCAUCCGAAGAAAUCACUUGAUGUUUUUUUGCAGCCAUUGAUAUAUGAGUUACAAAUGUUAUGGGAACAUGGUGUGAAAGCGAUUUUCCAGCCUAUGCUGAAACACGGACGUAAAACGAGUUGGUUUGAUUGUCACAGACGAUGGCUCCCUGAAGAUCAUCCUUAUCAUUGGAGCACCACAUUAUUUAAAAAGAACAAACAAGUCGUUGAUAGUCCACCUCCUGAGUAUUCUGGCGAAGAAAUUUUGAAUCAGUUAAGAGAUUUUGGUGCUGAGAAGACAGCGGUUUGA